CGAGGGAGAAACCGGGGGUGUGAAAGGCAAGAGUGCGGGCAGGGGAGGAGCAGUGCGGGGCGGGCGGGCAGGCGCUGGGAGCAGCUCCUCCGCACAGCCCGGCCGAGGGACCCCGCUUCCCCGACGACGGCGGGGAAGGAGCCGGUGGGUGGCCCUUGCGGGGGGACACGCGUGGGGGAACCUCGCCGAGCCCACCCGGUGCCGCCCGGCAGGAUGAAGCGGCUGUGCGAGGAGAGCUCGUCCGACACGGAGUCGGACGGCACCAUCGACGUGGGCCGGGAGGAGGAGUACAGCCAUGUUUCCAGGUCUGUGUCUCCCACUACGACAUCUCAGAUACAAGCCAGGAAGAAGAGGAGAGGGAUCAUCGAGAAGCGGCGUCGUGACCGUAUCAAUAGCAGCCUCUCCGAACUGCGGCGCCUGGUGCCCACCGCCUUUGAGAAGCAGGGGUCUUCCAAACUGGAGAAGGCAGAAAUCCUACAAAUGACAGUAGAUCACUUAAAAAUGCUUCACGCCACUGGAGGAACAGGCUUCUUAGAUGCUCGAGCUCUGGCCGUGGAUUACAGGAGUAUUGGCUUCCGCGAAUGUCUCACUGAAGUUGUCAGGUACCUGGGCAUCCUCGAGGGCCAAAACGCCGCUGACCCCAUCCGGCUUCGACUCCUCUCCCACCUGAAUAAUUACGUGGCCGAAAUGGAGCCUUCGCCUGUGGCCACUUCCCUCCUGCCCAUCCAGACGUGGCCAUGGUCCUUCCUCCACAGUGCCGCUGGCCCCGUGCAGAUCCCCAGGAGGGAGGCUGCUCCUGCUCCAGUUGUUUUGACUGCAUCUUCCCUGGCUUACCCGAGCCCCGCUGUGAGGCCAGCCCCGCUUCGCCGCGUCCCCAGCGACAUGCUGCCAUCCCGCCGCAGCUUUCUGGCCAGCAGGAUGGCCUCUUCCAGCCGGAGGGCCCGAGGCACGGGCUCGUCUGCAGCCGUAGCGGCUGUGCCCAGGAUGCCAUCUCCAGCAGGCGUCUUGAGAGAGGGCUCGUCCAAGAGCAGCCAAAUCGCCACGUUCCUCUUCUCACCAGCCUCCACGGGCAUCCCCGUUCCACCGGCUUACACAACGCCUCCCGCCUUGGGUGCUGCCACACAGGGACCCGGGAUCAGGGUUGGGACAUCCAGGAUCUGCCGCUCCUGGGCGACUGAAAUUGGGGCUUUCUGACCCUCCCUGCCCCUUUGGAGACAGGAAUUCUUCAGCACUCAUUAGGCUCCCAGGCCUAAGAACAAACUCAGCUGAAAAGGCCUGUUUCCUGCUUUGCAGAAGCCAAGGCUCCAUAAAGAAAAUUCCCUUUGCUCUUCCCUCCUCGCACCGCCUUCCUUGCCUCACCAACACACGUCCUCUCCCUCGUGAUGCCUGCAAACGUAAAUCACAUCCAAUUCGAUGCACUUGCCUGCACGGGGCUGUACUCCAGAGCCUUCCGGCGACGAGGGAGGGGGGCACAUGCGGAUCCCACCCCCGUCCCUCCUGCAGCAAACCCCUCUGUGGACCCAGUGUUGCUCUCCUUUGGAAAACAGCCAGCCUUGAAAUAGUAUCUUAUUUCCCUGGGGACUCAGAGCUGCCAGACAGAGACUUGCUCAUGCUCACUCCCCGCAAUGUUUCUCCCCCCAAGCUACCGCACCUAAUUUUGGUGUGGUGGGAGGGAUGCAGUGCCCCCCCUCCCCAGCACUGUUGGCACCCCACGAGGUAGGCUAGAGCCCCCCCCAGCUCCCUUAGCGAACUGGCUGCCUGCUAAUCCCCCUGCUUUCCUCGCUGCAUUACCAGCUUUUCCCACUUAUGUGCCCUUAAGGUGGAGUGAGGCAACAGCUUAACAGAGCCUGUUCCCACAGCCGAGCUGAAACGCCGCCGUGUCUGUGCCGGGUCCCUGCAGGAACCACGCAGGAGCAGCCGGCCAGGCCGCCCGGGCAGAGGGAGGCUUCUGCAGCCCUUGCUCCACACCGAGGUGUGAAGAGAUGAGGUGAGACAGAGGAUUUCAAAGGGACGUCUGUCAGGGAGGGGAAGGCUCUGACGGCCAAAGUGAGAAGAAAAGGAAAGAGCCUUUCCCUCUGCCAGUCUCCCUGCUGGAGCCGUCUCUCCUCCAUCCCCUGUUGAACAGCCAUGACUCAAGGAGCAGGGGUGAAUGGGGCAGACCAGCCUGCAUUUGAAGUGCCUCCCUGGUUCUCUCUCAGCCCUGCGUCCCUCACCCUCUCCUCCCACUUUCUUCAGUGCCAUGUUUUGGUCUCACCAAUUGCUCAUCCCUCUCUCUGGGCCAGGACCAAAACCCACUGAGGUUUCACCACAGACCUCAGCAAGCUCUGGGUCUGCACUUAUCCCAAUUUCCUGAGAGCUUUUUCUGCCUUGGCCUGCGUGCAGAUACCUAGCAGAUAUGCCUCUGCUCUUCUAGCUGCCCUCCCCUGCUCUCCUCUUUGGGCACAAAGGAACAGACACUUGAAGCUCUCAAGCCACCCUCCCGUGCCAUGUCCCUAAUGCCCAUGGUGGCCAGGGCAGGGUCUCCCAGUGCUCCCCCCAUCUGAACAGCCCCCGCUCCCUGCAUCUGUGCCUUGACUUGCUGGGAUUCAUGUGCAGAAUAGCCUGGACCCAGUUGUAUGCCCACCCCAAGGAGACUCGCCCACUUCUACAGCACUGCAACAGGAAAAGAGAGAAAAGCGUGGAAAGGUUGGGGCAAAGAAAGUUAAAAAAGAGGGAGAAGAUCUCUCUUGAAUGGGAGAGGCUCUCCCCGUGCCUCCAGUCAGAUGCGCUGCCAGUGAGACUGUGUGGAUGAGCUGGUGUUUGCCCUCCUACAGAUGGUAUCUGCCAUGUGCACAUCAGUGUAUGUACCUGCUAUUGGUCUGAAAGUUGGUCCCUCCCAGUUGUUUUGAUGGAAGUCGUCGCGCUUAACACACAGAAAUGCCUCUGCUAUUUCUCCUCACCCUUGUCCUGAAGUGCCGGGAUCAGCCAGGAAUGACAUAUUGCCUUUUAUUAAGGCCAGAGGAGGUCCUCGCAGACCCUGGUUGUUCCUGCGGCUGGUUGGCACACUAGAGCUCACGGCAAGUAGCCCAGCGUCACUUUACACUGUGCAGAGCUGUUAGAUUCACGAGCUGUGACAUCCAGCAAAGGUGUCAAAUAAAGUCUUUCAAACCCCUGUC